CAUUCAUCCUGGAAAAACGCAGCUCCGAAGAAUUUUGUAACACUACAUAGUGAGAAUCGUUGAUCCUGCAAGAUGGCAAACGCGGAAGCAAUACAGGUCAGCUCGCUUCCAUUACCCCCGGCGCAGUACAUCAAUCUGUACACGGAUGAAAACAUUCGAAAGAAUCGUGCCCCAAAACCUCCGGCGCCAAUGCAGGACUCCUACAACAUGUUCGGGGGAACGUUCAGCAAUGAUGAUAACAUUAUCCGCCCGCUCGAAACACAAGGCUUCAAACGGCUCUACCCACUACACUUCGAUCGCCGGAAGGAACUGAAAAAGCUGAACCACUCGUUGCUCGUCAACUUCCUCGAUCUGAUCGACCUGCUGGUCCACUAUCCAGACAGCCCCAGGCGAGCGGAAAAGAUCGAAGACCUCAGCCUGCUGUUCGUACACAUUCACCAUCUGCUGAACGAGUUCCGGCCCCAUCAGGCGCGGGAAACGCUGCGCGUUAUGAUGGAACUGCAAAAGCGCCAGAGGAUAGAAACUGCACAGCGUUUUCAGAAUCAUUUGGAAAAAGUGCGCGAAAUGGUUAAAAACGCGUUCGCCUCCUUGCCGGACCUGACCGAUGCAGACCGGCUCGCUGGGGGGCUAGAACCGAUGGACACUGGUGAAUCUGGUGACAUGGCAGGAGGUCGGGGCGAAGGUUGCCAUCCCCUUGAUAGGUUAAUGUGCGAAAUCGUUGAUAUGAUGUGAGAUGGCUGUACAAAGUUAGGCGGCCAUUAAUUUGAUAAUGCAGGAGUUACUUUAUUUCAUUUCUGAUUUGUUUUGUAUUCGUACUCCUCUCAUAAGAGCAAAAUAUAGUAAAUUAUUCUU